AUCUCCGCCAGCUGCGCAGACUCAGCAGCUCUUCGUCACAUCCUCACCAUCAUCAGGGUUCUCCGACAGACUGCGCGGAUUUAGCCGACUUAUUUAUUUAAUAACUGAUUAUAUAAUACUCCGCCACUUAAGACGCACUCUGGCACGAGCUGAUCGUCCGCAACCUACCAACCCGAAGUGACAGCGCUGACCUGGAUAACUCUGGACCUGAAGCAGAAGACAGACGAUACAGUCAGCAGAACAGCCUCCCUCUUCCUCCCUCGUCCUCCUCACCCCUGUCUCUUGUGACAUGGCGGACCCCAGCCUCACGUCGCCCUCCAGGACCCCGCUGCGCUCCCCCAACGCCUCCCUCACCCUCUCCUUCCCCUUCCUGAGGGAGAGGAGCCGGGUUUGGGAGGACGGGAAAGAUCACCCGCUGCCUCGAGAUCUACCGAGCCCGCUGCCGACCAAACGCAACCGCACCUACUCAGCUACGGUACGCGCUCAAUCAAGUCCGGUGUUUAAAGGCAUCUGUAAGAACUUCUCCAGGUCACAAGGUCACGGCUUCCUGCGACCCUCCCACGGCGGAGAGGACAUCUUUGUUCACAUCUCAGACAUCGAGGGGGAGUACGUCCCGGUGGAGGGAGACGAGGUCAGGUACAAAGUGAGCCGAGUGCCGCCCAAGAACCUGAAGGUGCAGGCGGUGGAGGUGAAGAUCGUGCACCUGAACCCCGGCACCAAACAUGAGACCUGGUCCGGCCAGAUCAUCAGCUCAUAGACCCCAAAACCCCGGGGGCUUAUGGGUAGUGGGAGGGGGCGUCGACCUGUUGUAGGACUGAUAUUUUACAUCUCAUUAUUUAUUUAAAAACAUGCUUUACCUACACAGCAUCAGUCCAGGUGUAAUGACAUGGUGUAGAUAGCUGUCUUCUACUCUGCUGAAUUUGCUGUAUGUAAAACCGACCAUUUUAGGAACAUGUUUUAUUUAUUUAUUUCCCCCAAAACACAAGAAAGAAAACAGCUGUGAGACAAUUUUUUGAACCCAGCUGAAUUCAGUUUCACUUCCCUUCUUUGCAGCUGUUAUGAACUUGUUUACUUCGCUGAAAAUGUCCAGGAUCACAUGCCGGGUGCAGGUGUGGGUCAGAUGACUUUAUCAUAAGUCAUACACAGUGCAGACAUUGUAAAGAUGAGGAUUUGAAUAGAAGAACAGAGAUUAUGGACCUAAGAAGAAGUUGUUUAGGGAAUUAAAGAGGAAGAGAAUUCAAUGAUUGUGUAUUAGAAAGGUCAAAUGGCAGGUUUAAAGCUGGUUUUGCAUAAAAAAAUCUAAUGAAAUCCCUAAAGGUAAAAAGUUCAGGACCCCCUUUGUUAGGCUUAUAGUCACCUGUUUAGAAAAUAAAAUCAAUUUGAGGACAAAAAAAGGGUUAUUUUAGUUUUAUUUUGAAAGGGAGCUGGUGAUGUGUUAAAGUGAAAGUAAGUUGGAAAUUCAGAAAAAGCAUGAAGGCAGACGAGGAAUCAGGAAAUCACGUUACAUCAAGCAUGGAUAUUUAAAACAUAUUUGACUGUGAAUGGAAGUAUUUUCCUUACAAAAUGCAUAUCUUUGAAUGUUUGGUUUGGUUUGUGGUUAUUUAUUUUUAUUUAUUUAUUCAGAUGUGUGUGUGUGUCCUCAGAUUGCGAGCUCUAAAAAGUUGCACUUACGAAAUUUGUCGAAAAACUGCCAGAAAAAACUACUCCAAAACAUUUGUUGUUCUGGUUUAAAAUGUUAGUUUUGAAAAACUUCUGCAGCCACGAACGAACAAAACGAUUUGUAAAUCUCUUUUUCUAUUAUCAGAAAAAAAGACAUGUAUCUGUGUGUGAUUUAUUAAGCAUAUCGUCAGUGUGAUGGUGAACUACUCGACUCCAUAGGUGGUGCCAAAACAGAUCUUUGUCACAUAAAUGUGGUUCAGUCAGACAA